AUGCGAUGCCACGAGCUGAGCGGCCGCCACGAGGAAGCGAUGAAGCGGCAGCGGACGCUCAUGGCGAAGAUCGAGCACCAGAAGAGGAUCGACGACUUCGCCAAUACCGACAAGGAGGGGGCGCGGCUGACCCGUCUCAUGCGCGGCGUGGAGUUUAUCUGCGACCACGACGCACCGAUCGCGAUGUUUCCGAAGCUCAUAGGCUUCCUCGCGGAGGAGGGAGUCGAGGACAUCCCGCUUCAGGAAGCCCUCAUGGUCAAGGAUGCUGCGAAGGCUUUCCCCGACCUGAACAUGAUCGACGCUGCUGUGGACAUCACACUUGUGGCCAAAGAAGUCGACCACACGAUCACCAUCAUCACUCACCGUUACAUCCAGUACGGCGACACCUUUGGCGGCGGGGCCACCAAGCACCUGUCCAAGUUCAUUAAGCAGCACGGUGGUGACAACCGGACGGUGGUUGUUGAAGGCAUUGACUCGGAGGGGCGGCAGACAUCACACAAGUUCGAGCUGAGCGAGACCCCAAUCAAGAAGCACAAGUUUGGGGGCACGCUUGCUGACUGCGAGAAGCUCUCCACAGGGUUCGCGAAGGAAAUUGUCGCACGCAUGAAGUACCGUAUGUGGGACUUGCAGCAGUUGGGCGGCGCGAAGCUGUUUCAAGUUGAAUCGUGGACGAGCAGAGAUGACCAGCGCGAAUUGAAGACCCUCGAGUGGCUGGCCGCAAACGACGAGCUGUUUGGCGGCAUGCUACCAGGUGAGCUGUGA